AUGUCUUUCCUCUCCGUACUUUGCGGAUGCUUCACCACCCAGGAUGAGAAACACUCGCAGUCCCAUCCAUCCCCAGAGAUUACUCAGAGAUCCAACCUCAACAGCACUCAGACAGGAUGCUUUGUAAUUUCUGGGGAAGGCGAAUACAUUCGCUCAGCAUCCUCAACCGGGGGCCAUGGGCACGGACCCCCGCCCUCUGACUCGGAGGAUGGGGGCUAUUCUAGCGUAGUCCCUCUCCCGCAGUACACACCCCGUCCAAUGAGCCUCCACGAGAAGACUCUAGAAUCCCAUAUGCGUGACCCGCCGGUUUCCUCCGAGUCCCAGGACUCCUACCCCUCUGACGAAAAGAACGCCAGUCAUUACGAUGAAGAUGUCACUUCCGAUAGCUCGUCGGCCAUUUCCUUUCCGAGCAGCUACGGCAAUACCUCUACCGCAACGAGGGAUACUCCACCACCGCCGUACUCACCCCGCCACUCCGCAGUGCUGAGCCGCUCGCGGUCCAUGUCCAUCUCGUCCGCUAUGGCAGUCAUCAUUAAUCCGCCGCCUGCUGCCCGCAUGAACGGCUCGCGGACUGGACCUACAUACUCCGAUGAGGAUGAUCGAUCCAUUCGUCGUCAUCGGCGGGUCUCCUGGGAGAGCCGGUGA